GUCCCUCAGCAGAGCGGCUGCCGCCAUGGCGAACCACCUCCGCUUCCUGGGCCGCACCGUUAUGGUCCAGAACGGCAACGUGGAGGCGGCCUACAGCGCUCUCAACAGGAUCCUCUCGCAGGACGGCCUGGUGGAGGCGGUGCGGCGGCGGCGGUACUACGAGAAGCCGUGCCGGCGGCGGCAGCGCCUGGCCUACGAGGCGUGCCGGCGGGUCUACAACGCCGAGAUGGGGCGGAAGAUCGGCUUCCUGGCGCGGGGCAGCCGGCAGGACCCCUGGCUGGGCUGCUAGGGGCGGAGCUACGUGUCCGUCUGUCCCCCCCACCCCAAUAAAGGCCCCUCCCCUUAAUCGCGUUUUAA